AUAUCUAUAUAUCUUGGAGUUCAGCUUUAGGUUUCGACUACAAUUCUGCAGAGCUCUGAAACGCGAAAUUUCGUGUUGUUCUACCUGAACGUAAAUUACGUGGGUAGUAUACUCGCAACGACAAAGUUGUUAUUUUUUAUUAUUUGUUUGUAUUAAGAACUAUAGUUCGAAAUUAUACGUUAUUUAAGAUUUUUGUAUCCUUUCUCAACAAUGAAACUGGAUCAAUGUAUAAAAAUAUUUAGUACAAUUGGGAUUAGUGAUAGCAUUGUAGAAUCGUUGUUAGGUUCGGUUGGAGGUUGUGGCCGUGGGGCCCGUGGUGGCCGGUGACUUGUAGUUGUGGUGGUCGUCACAGCUGAUGAUGACGAUAUGUCGUUCUAUCGUUGCUCUUGACAGUUCGGCAUGUCUUAUAAUCUCAAAUAUUUAUUUGGUUUGACAGAAACUUUCCAAAUCAAAAUUACAACAAAUAAGAGUAUUGAGCAAGUGAUCGAAAUACGCUCCUAAUCGGAUCAUUGUUUCGUAAAACAUUUAAAUCUUACACUCAAAAUUGUAGCGAGAAGUGCAGAAUUUCUAGUCAUAUGGCACCCAAGCAGCGACAACGCAAUAUUGUGAAUUUAAAAAAAGAUACUCCAAAGCGAGAUGAAAAAAAAACGCUUUAUAAGCCUCAUGAGAGGAUUGAACAUGUCACUACAUCAGAAAAUAUUGAUCUUCUAUAUCCUGGUGGAGAUACAGCCUUUAAAAUGUUAUUCUGCAUCAGAUUUUGCUCUGCUAUUUGGAGCAACAUAACUGAUUGUGAUGAGACAUACAAUUACUGGGAACCAGGUCACUUUCUUCUCUACAGAAGUGGCCAACAAACCUGGGAAUACAGUCCACAAUAUGCACUCCGGUCCUAUACGUACUUAUUGAUACACAUGGUGCCUGCAAAGUUAUAUAGUUAUUUUUUAGAACCAAAUCCUAUCAAUGUAUUUUAUUUUGUACGCAUUUUGUUAUCACUAGUUUGUGCUUUGUCAGAAGUUUACUUUUACAAGAAUAUUUCAAGAGAAUUUGGUAUACAUAUUGCAAGAAUGACACUUGCUUUUCUUAUCUUAAGUUCUGGAAUGUUUAUAUCUAGCGCUGCAUUUUUGCCAUCAUCUUUUUCAAUGUAUUUUAGUACAAUAGCCAUUGCAGCAUGGUACGGGCGCAAGUACGAACUCGCUAUUUUUGCUACAGCAAUAUCAGCUUUACUUGGUUGGCCUUUUGCUGCGCUACUUGGAGUACCUAUUGCAGUUGAAAUGUUAUUUAGAAGACGAUAUUGGAUGAAUUUUUUUAAAUGGGUCAUCAUAUCUGCUACUGUUAUUCUGAUACCCAUGAUUUGGAUAGACUCUAUGUAUUAUGGAAAAUUAGUUGUUGCACCGUUAAAUAUUUUAAUUUACAAUGUUUUCACUUCUCAUGGACCAAAUCUUUAUGGGACUGAACCAUUUAGUUUUUACAUUAUGAAUGGGCUGCUUAAUUUUAAUUUUGUUUUUAUUGCUGCUCUUGUUACUCCAAUAUUUUUGCUGUUGGAUUAUUAUUUUGUUCCUUCUAAACCAAGACAUAAUCUAUGCCUGCCUUACUAUUACUCCUUGACUCCCAUGUAUCUAUGGGUAUUGGUUUUCUUCUUUCAACCUCAUAAGGAAGAGCGUUUUCUGUUUCCAAUAUAUCCUCUAAUUUGCUUAAAUGGAGCUAUCACAGUUGAUGUUGUUCAGAAGUUGUAUUUUUUUAUUCUAUCGAAGAUUCGGAAAAGUAAAACCCUUUCUAGUCAUUAUUUGCAAUAUACAAUGCAUAUCAUGGUAACAGCAAUAGUAGUAUUUGGGUUCUUUGGAUUAUCAAGAACAUAUACCUUGUAUAAAGGUUACAACGCACCUAUGGAGGUGAUGGCAGAAGCUAAUAAAUUAGGAGUUAAUGGACAUUUACCAAAAGACGUUAACAUUAACUUUUGUGUUGGCAAAGAGUGGCAUAGAUUUCCAAGCAGUUUCUUCUUCCCAUCCAAUAACUGGCAACUGCAGUAUCUGAAGUCCGAAUUUAAGGGACAGUUGCCUCAAGCAUUUUUAAAUCAUGAAAAUGCAACUAGUAUUGUACAGCCAAAUUUCAAUGAUUUGAAUGCAGAAGAGCCAUCCAGAUAUUUUGAUGUUGAAAAAUGUCACUUUUUAUUUGAUUUAGACCUUGGAAAGGAAACUAUAUUAGAACCGAAUUAUUCGAAGCAGAUAAAUCGGUUCACAAUUUUGAAAUCUGCGAAAUUUUUAGACACAGCAAACUCUCAUUGGUUAUUCCGUGCCUUCUACUUUCCGUUCGCAUCUGACGAGUUUUGUAAAUAUGGCUCAUACAAUUUACUUCAAAGUUCAAAAUUUAAAUUAUCAGUCAACAAGCAAAAAACAUCGAAAAUUUAAUCUACUGCGUGCAUUCCGUGAAUCCAGCUGGAUUGAACUGCUACCAAAAUUACAUUGUUUACAAAAACAUGCGAGUGUAACUAUCCAUGUAAUAAUUUUAAAAAAUACGUUUUAUGUAAAUAAGAAAUACCUAUAAGAUUGGUGUAUAUAUCACGAGCGACUUGCUGCCAUUCCGAAAUGAUAAUUCAAAGAAUAUGUUUGGGCACGAAUGUGAUGUUUUGCGUGAAACAAAAAGUAUGUUGUAUUUCGCGAUGUGAAGUUUUCGAUGUAAAUAUCGAAUUUGGAUUUUUGUAAUGAGUAUUUAAUAUCAUAAAGUAAUGAGUAUAUAUAAUUGUGAUUCAUACGGCUUUAAACUUUGCAAAUUUGAAAACUUUAUUGAUACAUCAUAUCAGAAAACGAAUUUUUAAAUUUGUAUAAAUGUCAAAAGGAAUUAUCAUUAUGUAGAAAUAAAUUAUUCAUAAAAUA